AUGAAAUAAUACAAAAAUAAUUUAGAGAAAGAAGAGGAACAAGCUUUAUAAUCUACUAUUUAAAAGCAUUAAGUUGAAAAUUUUAUUUAAGAAAAUAAGGAAGAAGUUCCGAAUUAAGAAUAUCAAAAAAGUUACAGAUUGAAUUAGAUUCGAGAAAAGAAAUAAAAUUCAAUUAAAUAAUAAUUAGAUGCACUAUCAACAGCUACAUCCAAUUUUUACAAAGAAUCGAAUGAAAAUCAAAUUAAGGACUAGCAAACUAUAGUUUAGUUUUAUAAGAAGAUGGAUUAAAGUUAGAUUAACUUAAUUAAAUAAUAGAGAGUAGCAAACAGAAUUAUUUCAGCCAAACCACUAAAGCAUUUAGUGAUUAAGAAGGGAUAGGAGUCAUCUUAAUUUUAAUAAUUUGAAAGCCAUGAAUAAAAAAGGUCCCUUCUUAUUUUUUAAGGUUAAGGUGAUAAGCAGUUAUAAUAAUAGGAUGAGGAGAUGAUUUCUGUUAAUUAAUAAAUAAGUUAGGAUUAACAUUCACAAAUAUUUAAAAGACCAUCUAGAUUAAGAAAAAUUUCUCAAUCAAAUGGAGCUUAUUUAGCAUAAACAAGCUAAUAAUAAGAACCAUAAAUAGAAUCCUAGUUAUUGGAAUCUUCUAAAGAAUAAAUAAUAGGAAAUUAAAGUUAAAAAAGUAAUAAGGAUGAAUUAUACGAUUCAUUAGAAAUAGAGACAAUUUAAAAUAUUUCAAAAAUGAAAGAAAGCUAAUUCGAUUCAAUAACUAAAAUAGAGUUUAGGUUUAAUGCCAAAGAAGGAUCACUCUAUAUGUUGGGAGAACUUUUGACAAAUCUAUAAGAGCUAACAUUAGAUAAUUCUAAUAUUGAAUCUUUGAGACUAUUAGGCACAAAAUUGACAUUUUUAUAAAUAUUAAGUAUUAGAAAAUCAAAUUUAGUGGAUUUAUCGGGAAUACUAAGUAUGCCUAAUUUAGUAGAGUUAAAUUGUUCAUUUAAUAGUAUAAAUGAUGUGAGCCCCUUAGCAUUUCAUUCUAGAAUUGCAAGUUUAGAUCUUGAAGGGAAUCUUUUAACUGAUGAAUAUCAAUUGGGUCAUUUAGAAUCCUUAAAUUUAUAAAAUUUAAACCUUAAGAAGAACCCAAUAUGUUGUAACUAAAAAUUAUAUGAAAUUAUCUGUCAUAGAUUUGCUGAAAUAAAAUUAGAAAUAGAUAGCAAUUCAAAAAUUACAGAGAACCCAACAGAUGAAUAAAAAUAAACUUCGAAAAUUCAAUCUUAAGAAUAGAAAAUAAAUCAAGAAGAAUAAAAAAUUAAAUAAUUAUAAACACUUAUAGAUGAUUUAGAAUAGAAUAAGAGUUUAUGUUAAUCUCUGAAAGGAAAGCAGUAGGAGAAACAUAAAUUGAGAAGGCCUCAAACUGCUUAAGCCUAGCAAGUAAAGCCAGCAUCACCACUCUAAAGCUAGAAACCUGAUUAUUAUGAUUUACUCAUAGAUGAAAAUUGCAAAGAUCCUAAUAAGAAAAGCAAAUAGAUUUAUAGUUUAAAAAAACCAAUUUUUUGA